AUGGUUUUGAUUCAGCUCAAUAGCCAAAUACUCCAGAGAAUCAAUAAUUAUCAAGCCCUUGACAAAGUUAUUUUAACAAUCAACAAUGUUGAAAUCGCCCUCACAAAGUCAUUUGCAGUUGCAAUUUCAGAAUCUUUUUACGCACAGUAUCUUUUAGACAAUAAUUUUGCUAAAAUUGAUAUUACAACCGAAGUGAAAUCACCAGACACAUACAAUAUUUUAAAAGAUAUUCUUCAACUCAAAAAAACGGAAAUCGAAUGCGAUGAAACAAUUUUGAAAGACAUCUUUCAUAUUGGAACCACACUUCGGAUACAAGAACUCAUAGAUUUAUAUAAAGUACAUAUUAUUGAUCAAAUGAAAAUCGACAAAAAUAAUUGCGUUCAAUUACUUGAAUUUUAUUUCGAUAUUUCUUCAAAAGAAAAGAUUUCCGAAUGCAUUGAUUUUAUUUCAUCACAUUUCUAUGAAAUAAACAAAGAUCAACUCAAAACAAUUUCUAAAAAACUUGGAAUUGAUAUUCUUCAAAGAAUAUUUUGCAACGACAAACUUGAACUUGAUAAUGAAGAUUCAUUCGCUAAUUUCAUUAUUUCCCUUACGAAAGAGAGCAAAGAGUUCUAUCUUUUGAUCGAAAACAUUUAUUUUGAGUUUUGUAAUGAACAAACAAUAAAAGACAUCCAAAACUUAACAGAUACUAAUAACUUCCAAAAUAUUGUGAACUCAUUCGGCGAUUCACUAUUGAGAAUAAAGAAUCACAGCUCUAAAAACAGAAACAAGAUUAUUGUUACAUUAGUCACAAAUUAUUUCGAAAGUGGAAAUGUUGAAAUGUCUGCUUCAUCUAUAUGUGCGGGCUCAAUCAGUGACAUUAAUAAAUAUAGAAAUGAUGUUUCUUUUGCUACACAAGAUAUCCCUAAUUCGUGGGUUCAGUGGAAGCUAAAACAAAACUAUGCUAUCCAGCCUAAUGAAUAUAUUAUUCGAUCAUGUCCUCAGUCACAGCCUAAGGUUCAACCACAAACAUGGAGAGUUGAAGGUACUACUAUUAACGGAGAAACAAAAAUCAUCCAUGAAGUAAAUAAAUCACCUCUUAAUAAAGGAGAAAUCCGUAAAUAUCAUUUAAAUACAGAAGACAAAUUUAUAUCAUUCAAAUUAAUUCAAACAGAUAGAAAUUAUUUCGAUAAUGAUCAUUUAGUUCUAGAUGUUUUUGACUUUUCAGGAAAUUUAUUUGAAAAAUCUAGUAGUUGA